UUCCAUCCAUCUUCUCUUUCAUACAUCCAUCCUUCACGCCGUCUCCUCAUUCCCCUCCACCUCCCGCCCGACACUUCCACACCGAACGCCGAUUCUCUACAGACAGUCCUUUAACACCCGACUAGUUGCACUGCGUGCACGAGCCUCUGCCUUUGGCCCUUUACCAUCAAAUUCCUCAAGGACCCCUGUAACUUGCUAUAAACAGUUACGACCCACAUUCAUUCUCUAUCACGAUUCGUUCAAGCGGAAAUCACAAAUCAACUUCUUAACCCUAUAAACGAGGCUGGUACUCGUCUGUCUAUCAUCGAUCAUGUCUGCCUUUACCUAUACCGCCGCUCUCUUUUCCCUUAUCUCCCUCCUCCCUUCCGCGCUCGCCGGUCCGACUGCUGGAACUACCUACUCCGUUUCUCCUAACCAACACCCUUCCAUGUGUCUCGCUCCUGCCAAUAAUUGGGAAGGAGCAGAUGUUGUGCUCAAGGACUGUGACGAGGAUGACACCACCUGGUUGUGGACCGGCCAAUCGUUUCAGAACACGGCGACCGACCUCUGCAUUGAUAUCCGAGACUACGGGGCGUGGUCAGGAAACAAGGCUCAGGUUUGGGGCUGCUUCUCUUACAACACCAACCAGCAGUUCACUGUUGAGGAAUCUAUGAUUCAUUGGGACAACUUUUGCUGGGAUUUGACAGAUGGAAGCUCUUCGGCUGGUACGAUGCUUCAGAUCUGGAGUUGUUACAGCUACAAUGACAAUCAGCAAUGGACGCUUACUGAGAUAGAAGAGGUGGAUGAGUGCGAUGCCACAUCGGUCACUGAAACUGCCACCAUCAUGUCGACUGCUACUGCUUCCGUCUCUGAUCUUUCUACCGCCACUGCUUCUGUGUCUGCAUCAAACAUCACCGAAGCUGUCACCGCCACCGAAUCGCUCACCGCGUCAGUCAACGCUACGGACCCUUUCUUCACCGCGUCAGCCACCGACUCGGGUUAUCAGGUCAACGCCACUGCCUCUGCGACUUACUCUAGCUACGACGUUAAUGCUACCGCCUCUGCCACUGACUCUGGCUACGAGUCCAUCAAUGUUACUGCUUCUGCUACCGAAUCUGGCUACGAGUUUGUCAACGCGACGGCCUCUGCUACUCUCUCCGCCGAGACUUCUACAGCCACCAAUAGCAGCAUCGGUGAAGGUCUUUGGUCUCCUCACAAAUCUUCUUCCGUUUCCUCCGAUGACUGGUCAUCCGAGACUGCUACCCGUUCCAACACCGAGUGGUGGGCUACUUCCACUGGUUCCGACUCUUGGGCGUCUGCCACCGCCUCUGCUUCCAACCCUGGGCAGAAUGCUUCCCAGUCUGACUCCUGGAACGCCACCAGCACAGCGUCCAACCCCUGGGAGACUGCUUCUUCUCAGGCCUCGAAUGAGACCUCCACCGACUCUUGGGGUGCCUCUGCUACUGCCACUGCUUCCCAGUCUGACUCCUGGGACGCCACCAGCACAGCGUCCAACCCCUGGGAGACUGCUUCUUCUUCUCAAGCCUGGAAUGAGACCUCCACCGACUCUUGGGGUGCCUCUGCUACUGCCACUGCUACCGAAUCUGGCUCUUACGGGAAUGCCACUUCAACUUCCACGUCUUCCGCCAUCACUGCCACCGCUACUGUUGGCACCAUCUCUUCUGGCUACCUCCAGACUAGCGGCACCAAAAUUGUCGACUCUGACGGCAACGAGGUGAUCCUCCGCGGUACCAACAUUGGUGGCUGGCUCGUCCUCGAAGACUGGAUGUGUGGUAUUACUGACACAUCUGGAUCUUCCGACCGAUUCUCUCUUAGUACUCUCGAGAAUCGGUUUGGUACUGACCAGGCCAGGACUCUUGUUGAGGCUUGGGCUGAGAACUGGUUGACUACUUCUGACUUUGAUGAGCUUGCCGCCAUUGGUUUCAACGUCAUCCGUCUUCCCUUCUCUUUCCGAACUGUCCAGAACGCCGAUGGCUCCUGGAGAGACGACGCCUUCACCCGUAUGGACUGGGCAAUCAGUCAGGCCAAGGCUCGUGGUAUCUACACCAUUGUCGACUUCCACAUGUGGUCCGGCCAGGAGGCUGACUACUCUGCCAUCUCUGAAAACACCGAUGAAGGACAGAGCCAGCGAGAUGCUGCUGGCGAAAUCUGGAAGAAGGUUGCUACUCAUUAUCUCGGCGAGAGCAGCAUCUGUGCUUUUGAUGUUAUCAAUGAACCUACUGGUUCUUACGGCGAUUAUCUCCAGCAGGAUCUUUACAAUGCUGUAAGGUCUGUUGAUGCUAACCGUAUCAUCAUCCAUGAAUCAAUCUCUACCGACCCCUCUACCUACGGCUGGACCAAUGUCAUCUACUCUCUUCAUGAGUACGACAUGAUGGGCUCUGACCUCUCGUCCAACCAGGCCACCUGGACUAAUGGUGUUCAAGCUUACAUUGACUUGUGGCACGGCUAUAACAUCCCCUUCAUGCUCGCCGAGUUCAUGGCCGACGGUGAAACCCUUGACUACAUGCUAAACUCUAUGAACUCUCAAGGCAUUUCUUGGCUCACUUGGGCUCACUCUACCGUCAACAUGGGGCGAUGGGGUAUUUGGAACCACGAGGCUUUCAACGUUGAUGUUUCUUCUGACUCUUACGACACCAUCUAUAGCGCCUGGACCAACAUGCCCAGCACUUUCCACACCAGUAUUUACGACCAGAUGAAAACUGCCGCUACUGGCUCUACCAACGUCAGCAGCAGGAAGCGAGAUCUCGCCUCUGCUGCGAGGGCUACCAAGCGCUUCCAUGGUAGCCAUGGUGGUAGGUCAAGAAGAAAUGGUAUGGCCCACGCUGUUAGGGGUGCCGCUGGUGUCUCAAUAUAGGCGAGAGGGAGUCGCUUCUUAUUUUCAUCCAUCUUUGAGAGAGCAUUUUCUUCAUUCACGACAUGAUCUGUUUUAUUAUCUAGGGUUUAUAGAAACGCAUUGUUUAGCAUUUUUUGUUUGUUACUUAGGUUUUCAUACCUUUCUCCCAUUCGCUCCACUCAUAACGCUUGUUUUGCACUGCGUGCAAAGCAAAGCGGUAUCGAGGAGGAGAUGGGAUCGUGUAGAACACAUUGGAUGGACCUCGGGGGUAUCUUUUUUAUAAAUACUUCGAUUACUCUUAAUACGUACGGGCUACGGCGACAGAGGUCUCUUUGAUAGGACUGUUGGGCCCUGCUGCGCAGGUGCUACGUAUUUGUAAGACGUAGACGUCCAUAGAUCUGGAUCUAUGCACCACCCUCUCCUGUG